GCUAACUGGCCGAAAAAGCGAAGAAACUGGGCGUAGAAAGGCAGUUGGGUAGCUAGGAGCACCAUGUUCACACGGACGUUGUUGGAGUGAAAAUAUUUAGAAUAAAACCUGUUUGUUUACAUAGGCUUGAAUCAUAUUGAUCAGUGUAUUGUCGAUGUUCAGCGAAAAAUUCUCAACAGUAGUUUAGCAUGCUAGCUGUUAGCUAACCUGGCGUUAGUUAAGCAGAUAGUAAUCAACCACAAGCGAAUGAGGUCAUUUGUUUUGAUAUGGUUAGCUAGCUAGCUAAAUAACUUAGCUAGUUGUUAGCUAAUCGCUUGUUACCUAGUUGAAUGAGAAAGCCGAAAAUAGGUUUGUUUCGUUGUAACGUUCAGAUUUCACAGUUCAGACUGCUUCUGAAUAAGCUGAAUAAGCUGACAGCUGCGAGAGAAACGGAGGAGCUAAGCAGCUAACUAGUAAACUAGCUAGCUAGCGUUGCUGAAUUGAAUAUGGGCAACUGUCUAAAAUCGCCGACAUCGGACGACAUCUCUUUGCUUCAUGAAUCCCAGUCCGACAGGGCCAGUUAUGGAGACGGAGCAGACCCGGACUUAGAGCCUCCUCCGCCUUAUGAGGAGCAGUUGCGGAUGCCUGUGUACCAUCCCACGCCCAGUCAGACGUGCUUGGCUACCCAGCUGACCGAGGAGGAGCAGGUCCGCAUCGCUCAGCGCAUUGGCCUCAUCCAGCACCUGCCUAGAGGAGUGUUUGACUGUGGCAAUGAUGGCUCAGAGAAGAAGAUUCGAGAGUGUGUGAUUUGUAUGAUGGACUUUGUAUACGGGGAUCCCAUCAGGUUCCUGCCCUGCAUGCACAUCUACCACAUGGACUGCAUAGAUGAUUGGCUCAUGCGUUCCUUCACCUGCCCCUCCUGCAUGGAACCAGUGGACGCAGCACUCCUCUCCACAUAUGAGACCAACUGACCACACCCAUGUGGACUGUGCUCUCCAGAUGAUCCCCACCCGCUCCAAUCUCCACACAGCCCAGCGCAACAAGAGCUGGAAGGGAAGCAGCCAAGGCCUCGGCCUGCUUGCGCAAGCAGUAGCCCAUACUCUUGUGACCCUGUUCUAAAAGGCUGCUUCCUGCAGUUAAGGGUUUGGGAUGUGGGUGUUUAAGCCAGUCCUUGAUGACCCCCAGCCAGUGCAUGUUCUUGCUUUCUGUUAGAGCUCCAUCUGCUGCACCACUGACCUGGGAACAGCGUUCAGCAUUCUGUUGCGCUCGAUUAUCUUGCUCAGGUGUAGAACUAGUUGGUUAAGUGGGAGUCCUCGAGGACCGGAUUGAAGACCCCUGGGCUAGUGUUUCAGAGGAAGGUUAUGGCUUUAAGCACUUCCAGGCUGUUGCAACCUGAAGAAUUCUAUUUAAUAGACCUGGCCAGAUGGUGAUGUAUAGCUCACCACCUCAGUGUUCCUAAAUGUCACCGUCCUUCCAAUAUUGGCUAAAGGUGGCUACAUAUGUGAUUGUUAUCUGGCAAGAGGAAUUUGUUUAAUUAACCUGAGAAACACACAGUCCUGCUCUGGGGUAUACAAUGAUCUUCCAGCCCACAUAUAUAUUGUAUUUUAAGGCUGUUUUGUCCCCAUUAUUCUGUUAGCAAAAGAAGGUGAAUGAAUACUCUGGAUCAAUUCAGAAAACCAAUGUUUUUAGUAAUAUGCAAAAUUUUCUUGUUGAAGGGUAAGAUAAGGAUGUCGUAAGCAGCAGGUAAUGCUUCACAAUUGGCCAGAGCUGAGGAUAUCAAAUGGCAUAUUUGGCUUGAAUGUCCUUGUACAGCACUGUCGUACAUAUUUGUAACAUUUACUUGAAAUGUUCCUAUGUUCAGCGCAUACAUUCUAAUUGUUUCACUGCAGAGUCAGUCAGUAACAUUCAUGUGACUGGUGCAUUUAAUGGGUUUUUUUUCCUUUCUCCAGAACACUGUACGAAAUCACCUUCCAGCUCUUGUAGCAUGUAGUCUUCAUCAGUGAUUGGUCAAUUCCUGACUGUUUCACAGAGAGUGUGCUAUUGUACACUGUUUUUCUAGUUAAAAUAUUGCAUUGAAUAUGCACAGUAUAUGACAUCUCCUUGGAGGCUAGUUGAACAUCCUUGAUGUUACAGUGUAAGAGACAAAUUCUGUUUUCCCCUCAAAAUCCAGUACCCACAACAGAACUGAUACAACAUGACAAAUCUAUGUACUUGAAUCCCUGUGCAGUGGAUUCAGCUAGGCCAGCGCUUCCUUGCAUUCACCUUUUUGUUUGUUUGCUGACUAGGAAGUCCUGCUGCUGGUAUAUCCAGGCAGUAUUGCGGAAGAGGAAUUGAACAGUACUGGGCCAAUUUUAAAAGGGCUUAAUUGUGCAUGGGGUAGGGGGAUUAAACCAAAUAACUACCUGUCCUAAAUUUUGUAUAGAAAUGCUUGCACACAAACAUCAUAUGUACUAAACCUAGAGUUUUGCACUUUACACCAUGAUAAAAAAUGAUGAUAAUGUAUUUAUGUAUACCCUUGCACCAGUCUUGUUGUUUUUUUAAUUGUUCUAAUGAUUUGAUGGAUUUUAUGCUCUCUCAAAUGCAAAUAGCACAGGUCACAUAUAUCAUGUAUUUUUAUUAUUUUUUACAACUUUUGUUUAUUGGAAACAACAAAUAAUACAUCAGUCAAGAAACAAAAUACAGUUCUACCAUGAUUUUCAGUUAGGACUCAUUCCCUCACCCUUUCCCAACCCACCUAAACCUCCUAACCAGAUAGUCCAAAACGUGUAAGGUUAGCGGUACGUCAGUCGCAUUCUUUUCUAAUCUGGAUAAAUUGGUGUUCAUUUUAGUUUAUAUUAAUUAAUUCUAUGUACUGCAUUGAACUAUCAGUCCUAAGGGGGCACAUGAGGAGCAAUUAAUGCAAGCUACAGUGCUCUCCCAACAAUCCUCUGAAAAUUGUUUUAAGCUCAUUCCCCUAGUCUAAUUUAAUUUUACUAUAGUGGCAUGUUCCUUUGUAAUAACAUAACUAUAGAUGUUUGAUACUAAUGAUCUGUUCAUAACUGAAAUAUCUAAAACUUUGACUUGGAAGGUAAAUAAGGAAAUGAUGAAUAACUCAAACUGAAUAAAAUGACUGCUCUUUGGCUGUUGUAAGCCAAAUUUAGUUGAUAACAUCUCAAAACAGGUAAAGGUUAACCAGUUUUAAAAAAUUAAAUGAUCUCUAUGAACCGAUAAUAGGUUCAUAGAGAUCAUUUAAUUAUUUAAAACUGGUUGCCCCAUUGUUUAACGGCUAUGUCCAAAUUUCCAUGAAGAAAAAAUGUUUUAUAUAGGACCCAACAGUGAAAGUUUUUUAAGAUUAUACUGAUGGUGAAAUUGUGUCCAAAUUUUAAGCGAACAUGAAAAUAGGAUUACAGUUACAAAGGCUGCUGCAGAGAUAAUGGCUUAAAGAGAUGUUGAUAAGGAAUGAGAUUCAGUUCUACACCAGUACUCUUCUGGAUUGAGUAACAAGAACAGGAUCUUUUUGGAAAUUUGCUGCCCAUCAUUAGAUCAGUCAAUUUGGCAAGGUCAAACCAUGGGUGUACUUCUCAGAAUGAGACAUCUGCUAAUCUUAUCUCUUCUGUCUUUCCAAAUAAAGGCUGAAAUCACACUGUUUACACAGGAGAAGGUAGAUUUUGGUAGGAAAAUGGGAAAGGAUAUAAAAAGAUAUGAAAAUAGUAGAAUGUUCAUUUUGAUGUAAUGAAUUCUACCAGCCAAGGUCAAGGAAGGACUUUCCAUCUUGUGGGAUCUGAUUUUGGAGAUAUGAAAAGGGAAUUUGUUUAGCUUAAUUAAUGGCUGGCUCGUUGAUAGAGUAGCAAUUUAUUUUAAAUCCAGGGAAUGUGCCAAAUUUCACCAGCAAGUCUAUAAUUUCUGGUUUGUGAGUAACUUGCCCAGUGACAUAAAGAAUAAAAUGACAAUCUGUGGUCCAUAGCUCCACAAUGAAUGCUUCUAA